AGCUGAUGUCACAUCCUGUUUCGGAUCCGUGCAUAGCUCCUGCUUUCUCAAAAUUUCCCUCUGGCUGGUGUGUCUCUUCCUCGACGAGAAGCAAACUUCUGGCAAAAUCAUAAUCAUUCCUUGGUUAGAUCAGUCGAUCUCGCAUGCAGAUGUUCGGCCAACUAAACAGCGCCUGUUAGGGAGAGGAAGAGACGGCUUUCUGACACCGGGAAACUGGGAUGCAAUAAAUAUGCAAAGUGACAGCUCCGCAAGCCAGAUUUCUUGCUCGCUUUUAUCUGGGCACUGAAGGCUGCGGUAAGGACUGCUACAAAGACCUGGGGGUCUGCGACGAAGAGAAGACCACAGGGAGGGAAGAAACCCCGAUCUGCAUGUGACAGCGCUGGUCCACAUAUCGGAGGCGAGAUAUGCAGCCUGCAAGCAAGCUCCUGAGUCUUACCCUCCUCGUCUUGAUGGGCACUGAACUCACCCAAGUACUGCCAGCAAACCCUGAGGAGUCGUGGCAGGUGUACAGCUCGGCUCAGGACAGCGAGGGCAGGUGUAUCUGCACCGUGGUGGCCCCCCAGCAGACCAUGUGCUCACGAGAUGCCAGGACCAAACAGCUGAGGCAGCUGCUGGAGAAAGUUCAGAAUAUGACACAGUCCAUCCAGGUGUUGGAUCAGCGGACCCAGAGAGACCUCCAGUAUGUGGAAAAGAUGGAGAUCCAGUUACGAGGCCUGGAGACCAAGUUCCGGCAGGUGGAGGAGAGCCACAAGCAGAAUAUUGCCAAGCAAUAUAAGGCAAUAAAAGCGAAAAUGGAGGAACUUAGGCCAUUGAUACCAGUGUUGGAGGAGUACAAGGCCGAUGCCAAAUUGGUAUUACAGUUUAAGGAGGAAGUCCAGAAUCUGACGUCAGUUCUAAACGAACUUCAGGAGGAGAUGGGAGCCUAUGACUACGAGGAGCUACAGAACAGAGUGUCAAAUCUUGAGGAGAGGCUCCGAGCAUGCAUGCAAAAAUUAGCUUGUGGUAAGCUAACGGGAAUUAGCGAGCCGGUUACCAUCAAAACGUCCGGAUCGAGGUUUGGGUCCUGGAUGACGGACCCCCUGGCACCCGAGGGAGACACCAGGGUCUGGUACAUGGACGGCUACCACAACAACCGCUUUGUACGGGAAUACAGGUCAAUGGCCGACUUCAUGACGUCUGACAAUUUCACUUCGCAUCGCCUCCCUCAUCCCUGGUCCGGUACAGGCCAAGUUGUCUACAACGGCUCCAUCUACUUCAACAAGUUUCAGAGUCACAUAAUCAUCAAGUAUGACUUCAAGACCUCCUCGAUCAGCAAGUCACGCCCCCUGGAGUACGCUGGCUACAAUAACAUGUAUCAUUACUCGUGGGGUGGCCACUCCGACAUCGACCUGAUGGUGGACGAGGGCGGCCUCUGGGCCGUAUAUGCCACCAAUCAAAACGCGGGGAACAUCGUCAUCAGCAAGCUGAAUCCCAACACCUUGAAUAUUAUCAAGAGCUGGACCACCAACCAUCCCAAGAGGAGUGCUGGGGAGGCGUUCAUGAUCUGUGGUACACUCUACGUCACCAAUGGCUACUCUGGGGGGACUAAGGUUUACUAUGCCUUCCACACCAACUCAUCCACUUAUGAGUACAUCGACAUACCUUUCCAGAACAAGUAUUCACACAUCUCCAUGUUGGACUACAACCCCAAGGACCGAGUCCUCUAUGCAUGGAACAACGGUCACCAGGUGCUGUACAACAUCACCUUGUUCCAUGUCAUCCGCUCUGAUGAGCUGUAGAUGCUCGGUAAAAGACCUUCUGUAUCACAUGAUUCUUAAGCGUGGCGGAUGCGCUACACUACAGAGAAGUAGAAUGACGUCAUAAAAAAAAUAACUAUUUACAGAAGUGUAGUAUGUAUAAAGUGAAUAUAGAAAAUAAGGACAAGAUAAAAGGUCACGCCUUUUUUUUAAAAAAGCAAAUAGUAACCUGUGGGAUUCUUGCGGACUGUGGAGGGUGUUCCUGGAGCGUUACCUCUUCGUGAUCUUUGUAUCGCACAUUAAUUGUGGAGGCUGGUAUUUGGAAGUAGAAUGUUCUUGCUCCAGGUGGGUAGAGUGAUGAGUCGUGGCUAGAAGAAUACAUCAAGAAUGCAAUCCCAUCAUAUACUUUUUAUCAAUAAUAUAAUAUAUAAUAUAUAUAUAAAUAUAUAUAUACAUAAACAUCUGUUUAAAAAAAUGAAGGCAUUGACUGUUGGAAGCACCAUGAUUUAAGAUUCUAGUCUCUGUGAUUGUAUGUGGAUCUCUGCUUCUACCUGCUUUCUUUUGCAUGGGCUUUUAUAUCACCAGGGUCCACACUUAUGGAUGUAUUUUGAUAUUUGAUUCUGUAUAAUUAAAAGGGGCUAGUUUAGGAGUAUGGUGAAAAAAAAAUCAUCAUAAUCAUUUAUUUAUUUAUUUAUUUCCCCCCCCUCAUUCUCGUCUUUUCGGUUGACUCAGUUUUGUAAUCGUAUCACAUUAGUGUUGGUAUCGAUGUAACUGUGCUUAUUAUGUCUUUGUUAGGUUGGACUGUGCUGAAAGAAUAUAUCUAGAUCAUAUAUUUCUGUCUAGCAAAAAUUAUCACAAGAGAAUGUAUCGAGCGAUGUAUUUACGAGGCAGCGGUGUGCACGUUGCCUCCUCCUUUAGCUUGACUUCACGAGUCUGCGAUCUUUGUUUCCUAGCAGAGAUAAGUGGGGGCAUCGUCCUCUGUUGCGCUUAUCUGGAUGUGUGUUGUACCUGCUAUGAGAUAGUUUGUAUUAAUAAAAACGGGAUUGUUGUUCUAUGCCAA